AGUAUUAAAAAAAAAAAAAAAAAAAAAAAUCUCUUUAGUUCGGGGAUCCUCCUAUAGGUCACAAUAACUUUAAUUCGCUUACUUAAAUAAUGCUUUCAGAAAAAAAAAAAUAAAAAAAAAAUAUUUAUUUAUACAGUAACAUUUAUAAGAACAAAUAUGACAAACGUAGAAUAUGGAGGAUAUGAAAAUAUAAAAAUUAUAGAAAUUGAUAGAUGUUCAGGGUGUGGUCAAAAGUUUGCUGAUGAAAUAUUAUCUUAUUGUAAGCCAUGCUAUUCAUCACAUUUUCGUAAUAACUUUGUCCACUGGAAAAGUGGUAGUUUAAGAAUUGAUAAAUUGAUUCAAGAUUCACAACUCAAUGCAAAUCAUCAAUAUGAAUUAAUUGAAUGGAUUGAAUAUUCAAACCUUGAAAUUAUUAAAUUUGUUGCUUAUGGUGGGUUUGGAAAUGUAUAUGAAGCCAUUUGGAAAGAUGGUCCAAUUGACUCUUGGAAUAUCAACAAAUCUGGAUGGAAUCGGAACAGCAACAAGAAAGUGGCAAUAAAAAAAUUACGAAAUGUGACUAGUGUGAGUUCAGAGUACUUGAAUGAGGUCAAGAAUAACUUGAUGUUAAAUUACACAGCACGUUGUAAUGGAAUUUAUGGAAUGACACGUGAUACUCAAAAUGGAGAAUAUGUAAUUGUCACUGAAUUCCAAAAUGAUGGUAAUAUGAGGGAAUUGAUUAAAAAAAAUUACAGUAUCCUGAAUUGGAAGCUCAUUAUUAAAAUGCUUUAUAAUAUUUGCGAUGGAUUGAGUGCCAUUCAUGAUAAAAAUUAUCACCAUAGAGAUUUCCACAGUGGUAACAUCUUGAAUAGUAUUCAUAAUAAUACUAUUAAAUCAGUGAUCUCAGAUUUUGGCUUGUGUAGUCCUGCAAAUCAAAGUUCUGCAGAUAAAUCAUUGUAUGGAGUCUUACCAUUUGUCGCACCAGAAGUUUUACGUGGUGGAGAGUUCACCAAAUCAGCAGAUAUUUACGGGUUCGGAAUGCUAAUGUUAGAAAUAAUUAGUGGUAAGCACCUUUUGUUGAUAGAGAUUAUGACUUACAUUUAGUUCUGGCUAUUUGCGAAGGAGAACGUCCGCCAAUUCCUGAAUAUACGCCUGAGCCAUAUGCUACUUUGAUGGAACAUUGUUGGGAUCCUAUUCCUACCAAUCGACCAACAACUGAUGAGUUGUAUGGGCAAAUUGUAAAAUGGGAAACAGUUAUAUGUAAAUUUGAACACAGCGAUAGUCAGGUGGAAACGAAAAUAAAAAUUAAAGAA